AUGGGGACACCCGAUGAGAAAAUCUUUCCCCAUGCGACGGGUUUAGCUCUGAAGACGUUCUGCCCGUUUGUACAGAGGACUUGGAUCACCCUCGAGGAGAAAAAUAUCCCGUACCAAUAUAAGGAGGUCAACCCGUACAAGAAGGAGAAACAUUUCCUUGAUAUCAACCCUAAGGGUCUCGUCCCUGCGAUCGAAUACAAAGGCCAAGCUCUGUACGAGUCACUCGUGCUUUGCGAAUUUUUAGAGGAAGCAUACCCGCAACACGAGCCCCAUCUCCUCCCAGAAGACCCCUUCAAGCGCGCCCUCGUCCGUCUCGAGCUCGACCACAUCUCCAAGUCGAUCCUCCCCGCCUGGUUCCGCACAAUCCAGGCCCAAGAUCCCCAGAAGCAGAAGGAGAACCGAGAGGAACUCGUGGGCGAGCUGCGCAAACUGGCGCAGAAGGUCAAAGGCCCGUACUUCCUCGGCGAGCAGUUCAGCCUUGUGGACGUCGCCAUUGCGCCCUGGAUCGUACGGGACUAUAUCCUUAUCGAAAACCGGGGGUUCAGCAGGCAGUCCGUGGGCGAAGGCUGGGAGGAGUACGCAAACUUCCUGGAGACGAGGGAAACCGUCCUCAAGACCCAAAGUGAGCAUUAUGCGGAAAUCUAUGCUCGAUACCUGCGUGACGAGGCCCAGAGCGAAGCGGCCAAGGCGACAAGGGCUGGAAGAGCCAUACCUUGA